AUGGUUGUAAUCAGGAAGAAUAUAGUAUUGGCGAUGUUCACCGUCAUCUUCUUGAUUGGAUCAAUCACUAUUCUUAGUUUCGAUACCAAAAGACCGACAGAGCCACCAAAGAUAUCUAUUAAGUGGCAGAAUGUAUUAGUCAGUAACAUAACAAAGAAGGUUAGAGAUAAGGAUACAUUUACAACAAAGAAUACUCAACAUCAACAACAUAUUCCUGGUGGCGACGUGGAGACACCACUGGGUACAUCUACUAUUACGAUAGCGGCUGCACAGACAUUGGGAUUGGAUGAUGCUGCAAACAAUGGAGUGCCAAUGAUCGAGGAUAAGAAUAAGGAGGGAGGCGGUGGCGUCGGCGAGGAAGUGAACAAGGGCGACGAACAGCAACAACAUACGACCAACAAUUACAAAUUCAAUCCAUUCGAUAGGACGAGACAGUCGUACGAAGAGAAUCGCGAUAAGAAUAUCGAGCGCGCCAAUGCAGUCAGGAGCGCGAUGAAGUUUGCCUGGGACAAGUACGUCCAGUUUGCCAUGGGCUGGGACGAGCUGACUCCUCUAUCAAGGAAAGGCAAGAACUGGUUCCAUCUCGGACUCUCCAUCGUCGAUGGCAUGGACACACUCUACUUCAUGGGUCUGGAAAAGGAGUUUGAGGUUGCUCGCGAAUGGAUUGCCACAAAGCUUGAUCACAGGAUCGAUACUGGCGAAGGAUUGUCUGUGUUUGAAGUAACAAUCAGAAUGCUUGGAGGAUACUUGGCGAUGUAUGAACAGACAAAGGAUAAGAUGUUCUUGGACAAGGCUGAGGAUAUUGGAAUCAUUCUGCUGCAAGCAUGGCCAGCGGGAGCAGCAUUCCCGAACACCUACAUCAACUUUGCCAAGGGCACGUCAAAGAUCGCACCCUGGACAGGCGGCUGCUUGAUCUUGGCUGAUGUCGGCACGCUCUUCAUCGAGUUCACACACCUGUCCAAGGUGACAGGCAACCCGAUCUAUAACGAGAAGGCGACUACGAUCCUGGAGCGUCUCGACUCGAUGAAUGGUAAGGUCGACGGCCUAUUCCCCAUCUAUCUCAACCAGAACUCGUUCUGCGUCGACACGCUCUCGAUGGGCUCGAUGGCCGACUCCUUCUACGAAUAUCUGCUCAAGAUGUGGAUGUACACUGAUGACAGCCAUCCCCAGCACGACAUGUACAAGAGGAUGUAUUUGGACUCGGUGGAGGGCAUGCGCAAGCACCUGUACGAGGUGUCAAAGAAGGGCGAGGGCUUCCUGUCCAUCAACAAGCAUGGAACAAAGACACACACAAUGGAGCAUUUGGCGUGCAUGUCAGGAGGCAUGUUCGCGCUGGGCGUCGCCGCCAACAUCUCUGGCGAUCCCGAGCUCAACGCCAUCCAUCUCGAGAUGGCCGAGAACAUCACUAACACAUGCGUGCAGACCUACUUCAACAGCAAGACGGGUCUGGGUGCCGAGACCACCUACUUUGACCCAGCGGACGGAUCACAUCAGAUCUACGGCCAUCUGGGCGAGGCCAAGUACAUCUUGCGUCCAGAGACCGUCGAGUCUCUGUUCUACCUAUGGCGUAUCACUGGCAACCCCAAGUAUCAAGACUGGGGAUGGACUAUAUUCCAAUCACUGGAGGAACACUGCAAGACACCCAAUGGAUACGUUGGUCUCAAGGAUGUUAACAAUCCAGCCAACAAGGAUGAUAUCCAACAAUCAUUCUUCUUAGCAGAGACUAUGAAGUACUUCUACUUGCUGUUUGCAGACUCUAGUGUAGUACCAUUGAGCGAAUAUGUAUUCAACACCGAAGCACAUCCCAUCCCCUACAAGAAGGUUUGGUAG